AUGAAUAACAAGUCUGUCAACUCCAACUCGAGUCCCGGCGGGUCCGGGGCUGUAGAUCAAGAACUUGUCAUCACUUCCACAUUCGGGACGCUGCUGUCCGUGGUCUACGUCAUCGGAGUGUCCGGGAAUGUGUACACGCUGGUGGUGAUGUGCCACUCCAUCCGCCUCGCGACCUCCAUGUACAUCUCCAUCAUCAACCUGGCGCUGGCGGACCUGCUCUACCUCUCCACGAUCCCCUUCGUGGUCGCUACCUACUUUCUCAAGGACUGGUACUUCGGGGACGUGGGCUGUCGCAUCCUGCUGAGCCUGGACCUGCUCACCAUGCACGCCAGCAUCUUCACUCUCACCGUCAUGUGCGCGGAGCGCUACCUGGCCGUCACCAAGCCGCUGGACACGGCGCGCAGGUCCAAGAGUUACCGCAAAGGUCUGGCGUGGGGGGUCUGGCUGCUGUCCCUCUUCCUCACCGUCCCCAUGAUGGUCAUGGUGGCGCAGACUACACAGAAAGCUCCAGGUGGGGGUGUGAAGAGGAUGUGCGCCCCCACAUGGGCGCCCCUGGCUUAUAAAGUCUACGUCACGGUCCUGUUUGGCACCAGCAUCAUGGCACCUGGACUCAUCAUCGGGUACCUGUAUGUGAAGCUGGCCCGGACUUACUUAGAAUCCCAACACAGCUCCGUCAUCAGCGGCAGAAAAUCGCCCAAACAAAAAGUUCUGAUCAUGAUUUUCACCAUCGUCCUCGUGUUCUGGGCAUGUUUCCUGCCCUUCUGGAUUUGGCAGCUGCUGCCCCUGUACCACCCCAAACCCCUGAGCCUGGCAUCGCAGACUCACACCUGCAUCAACUACCUGGUGGCCAGUCUCACCUACAGCAACAGCUGCAUUAACCCUUUCCUCUACACACUUCUCACCAAGAACUACAGGGAGUACCUGAAGAACCGCCACCGGAGCUUCUACAGAUACACGUCCUCGUUCAAGCAGCGGCCUCCCAGUCUCUACUCCUGGGGGAAGUCUGCAUCCUCCAGCAACCAGUUCGAGUUGACCUCUGAGACGCUGGUCAUGGGGACGCUGAGGUGACCACGUCAACACCAGGGGGA